CAACAUCGCUAUUAUUUGGUGGAGAGAGCAACAACUCCGAGGAUGCCAACAGGCGACAAGAAAUGCUUGUGGUGGUCCUAAACAUUGAGCUUGGUUAGGCACGGGCACAGCCAAGUAUAGCUAACAGGCAAUAAGCAUUCUCCAAGAAGCUUCUGCCAUAAGAGGGCGUGAUUAACGUAGAAGGAUGGCUUGGUACAAAAUAUGGUCGCGUAUCAGACGCCAAGGCAUCACAUGGCUUCGCCUCCAUCGCGACUUCGUUCCUGAUCGCUCAGCUUUACCAUGCGCUUGAACUCCCAUUUCGCGAUUCUUCAGACAUGAUGGGCACGAGUACCCGACCUAACAAUUUAGAUGGCGCCUAUGCGCCCGUGGACAUCCCAGGAGACCAGGGGCCGUCCGGAGGCCAUGUGGUAGCCACCAAUCGGGCGCGCCCGCAUCCAGCCUUUGUCACUGAUGAGGGACCUACCCUUUUAGUAGACACCCUAGGAAGCAUUCUAACACGACGGGCGCCGGCCGUGAGAAUGAUAUGUUACAUCAGCGCUAUCCUACUCACCACUGAUUUCCUCACUGUCGGACUCUCUGCGAACGCGUCGUCUAAUGUCGGCUCGACGGAAACAGGGUCUGCUGUCGAUCCCGCAGGCAUAUUAAUAACCACUGUUGCUGGCUUCGGAGAGAUGACUUUAUUUGCCAUCUUGUCGUUUUGCUUCCUCUUCUGGAACUGGCAUCUCGCCUACUUCCUUAGCAUCGCUCUCAUCGGGGUCUCGGCCCUGGGCACUGGUGCAUAUGGGUUGGCUAUCAUGGCUAUUAGUAUGAGUAAUUCAGUAUGCGCCGAUAAAGGAAGCUGCAACGAAGCGCUGAAAAAGGGGUUGGCUGCUUCGUGCAUUAGGGUCUUGUUAACUGGUCCAUUUUGCUUAGUGCUUGCGUUUUGGUACUUUUUGAAGGUCCGGCCGGAAGUUCUGAAAGCCAAAGCAGAGUUUCGGAGACCGAUCCAGACGCCGCUACGACGACUCGAUGGUGGGCAUGAUUUGGAACCCUUGUUCGUACCAAGGUAGGAAGGAAAACUGUCGAGAGGAGUGGAAUUUUCAUUGUGUUGGAUACUGAGAGAUGAAUGAAUCAGUAGUGAGGUGGAUGACUAUGAGCGGAUACCCAAUAUUAUAUUUUUGUGUUCAUUUUUACUAUAUAUUGUCUUGUUUAUGGAAAAUAUCCUACUCGAGGUAUCCUACGGCUAUAUCUGCCGCAAACGACGAGACCCAAGGGAAUUGCAAAAUCGGAUGAUUUAGUAAUAUAGGUAUAUUAUUAUAUGCUCAUUUGAUAUCUACGAG